AGCUCUGACCCUAGUUAUCCCAGAUCAGGAUUAAGUACUCCAGCACUGGAGCUCUGGUUUGUUCUAUUUCUGAGGUUUCAAGUGCAAGCGCCUGAUUUCCUGCCCCGGGCUCCUGCCCACUUCCUGCUUCUGGGUUUCACAGUUGAUGCAGGUCUCUCAAGGGCAGGAGUUUGGACAAUAUUUUGCUGAAAAAUAAACAAACCUUGACCUGGUGCUCCAUGAGUUCCUACGUCUUGGACGCUUUCCGCUGGCCCCUUGGUUUUCUCUUCCGAGGAGACUCCCAAGUGAGGACCCCAAAGGAAGAGACAGAGCGUGCACAGGAGCGUGCAGCCAGGGGAGAUCAGAAAUGGGGCCAUUCCUCUUGUCUGUCGGCCAGCCUGGUGGUGGAGGAAGAGGAUGUUCUGACUUCCCAAGAGAAUCCCCUGAAAGAGCUGCACCUGGAACCUCCACAAGAGCUCUCAGGAGAUCCGAGGGAUAAGGAACUUACUCCGAGGAAACUGAGGCUCAUUCUGGUGGGGAAAUCCGGAAGUGGGAAAAGUGCCACGGGAAACAGCAUCCUUGGCAGGAAAGUGUUUGAGUCUAAAUUCAGUAGUAGACCGGUGACCACGACCUUCCAGAGAGGCUGCCGAGAGUGGGCAGGGAAGGAACUCGAGGUGAUUGACACCCCCGACAUUCUGUCUCCUGGGUUCCAGCCAGAAACCACCGCUGCAGAGAUCUGUCAAGCCAGCACCUUGUCCUCGCUGGGACUGCACGCGGUGCUCCUGGUGACACAGCUGGGCCGGUUCACGGCUGAGGACCAGCAGGUGGUCAGGCGCCUGCAGGAGGUCUUAGGAGUGGGGGUCCUGGCUUACACCAUCCUGGUGUUCACCCGGAAGGAGGAGCUGGCAGGGUGCUCCCUGGAAGAACACGUGCGAGAGCGGGACAACCAGAGCCUUGCCACGCUGGAUGUGCUGUGUGGGCGGCGCCACUGUGGCUUCAACAACAGGGCCCAGGGGGCCGAGCAGGAGGCCCAGCUGCGGGAGCUCAUGGAGGAGAUCGAGGCCAUUCAGUGGGAAAAUGAAGGCUGCUGUUACAGCGACAGGGCCUCCCAGUACCACCAGCAGAACUCUUUGCUCAGAGAAACGCAGGGAAGACAGGCGACCUGGGAGCAGGGUUCUGGGGAGGUGUUCAGUGAGGGGUCCCAGCUGGAAGUGCUGUCCCAAAUCCAGAAGGCCCUUGAGAAGACUUGCAGGUGCCUCCAGGGGGGCAGAGCCUAUUGAACCUGCUGGACAGGAGCAGAUCCACUCAGCCCUCUGUGUCCUGGUGCCCAGCCCUGCUGCUUGCGCUCUCUAUCCAUAGAGCACCACCUGGUCCCCGGGUCAGAGCAUCUGGUGUAGCAAGGUGGUGGAGGCUGGUUCCAGGGUGUCUGCUCACCGCGAGUCCUCCCUGCUCUAUAUCCCCUAACCCGCUGUCCUCACAUAGAACCUUCCAUCCCGUUGGCAUUACAUUUCUUGUGGGUACUUGUCUGAACUCUAAUAGGCCAAAGCUUCUUGGCACAGGUCUGUUGCUCUCUGCCAUCCCUGGGCUGCCUGGCCAUUGGAGUCAGUCAGUGUGGCCACCACCCAGUGUGAGCUGUUGACCCAGGGACUUCCCAUCCCUUGGGCUUUGUUCUUGCCCCUAGAGGCACCUGCUGUGUGGUGGGAGGAGCAAGGCAGUGGCUGGGACAUGGGGAGGGAUGGACCUGGGCCAGGGGAAGAGCGGGAGCCAGAACAGAGAGGCAGUUUCUCUUGAACUCUAGCAAGUUCUAUGGGACCUUCCUGGGAUUUGGAAUGAUGAAUGAGAUCAGGGUCAGAGUAUUCAAGAAGUUAGGCUUGGGCAAGUGUGUGGACCCCAGCCCUGGCUCUAGGAUGUGGAGGCCCUGGAGGUACCAAGUUGAGCAGAGGAGACCAGCCCGACUCCACCAAGGUAGACUUAGACUGGGGAGAGUGUACGGGUUACUGCCCCUCUUCCCUUGGCUUCCAUACCCUUCCUUAGAUCUGCCUUCUGCUGCUGGAAAGCAAAGGCUAUUUCCUCUCUCUGUCUCUCUCUGUCUCUGUCUCUCUCUCUCUCUCCUUUUUAAUUUUGCAAAGGCUACUUUCCACCUGCCUCACCCUUUCCUGCACCCUACUCCUCCCUUGACAGUGGGGAGGGUCUGCAGGGGAAUGGGCUCCCCAGCAAGAUAUCUGUGGUGGGUUGAAUGGAGGGAGGAAGGAAAGAAAGGGAACCUGCAGAGCAGGUUGGCUGCCCUAAACCUCUCGGGGGCAGCCAUCUGGUUUACAGAACUCCCAGCACAUGGGCGUCUUCCUGGGUGAGCAUCCUGGAGGCUAUUCCUGCACACAGGGCCUAAAAGAAGUGAUCAUAGGUGUGUCAACAAGGAAACAGGACGUUAGCCUCCCUCCUGUCAGAAGCUGUCUAUCACUAAGCAGGCAGAGUUGCCUCAGAUGCACUCAAAUUCUUUGAGGUUCAAGAUGCUCCUGGGGAGUUUGACUAGCUAAUGGGAAGCCACAAGGGAAAAGAUCUCCCAGAAGAGUCCCCUUCUCCAUUAUUCAAGCCAUAGGGCAGAGGGCUCUAGCUGCCUUCCCCUGGGACGGGUGGGAAGUGGAGGUGGUGGUGACCAUGCUAGGGACUGUGGGAAAUCAGCAGACACAGCCUUAUCUGCCUGGUGGCUCCUCUGCUGCCUGGAGGUCCUCACAGACCCCAGGACCUGCACCUCCCACUCGGUCCUGCCUCCCCAGCCUCCCCAGAGGUGCAGCCUCCAAAGAAAGUGUUAAGUAUGUCCUUGGCUGUCUGAAAUCAGAACAGAGUCAUUUUGGUGUAUACUCGAAAGUCAGUGUGCCAGAACAUUUAUUAACUAGGCCAUCCAGGUCCUGCUAAACUGACCACGCAGCAUUUAUCACUUACUCAGUUCUCACAGUUCCUAAGAUUUAUGUCAAAGUUUUCAUUUCUGUUUACAUCUUCUACUUUUCCUAUUUGAAUAAAAUAUUGAUUUGAUGAAA